UCUAAUUUACAAGUCACUUUUUCCAUUAGGUCUGUCAAUUUUUAUUUGUAACCCAUUGUUUCUGUAGUGUGUAAUAUAGUCAUGUUAAAUUGACAAUUGUUAAAAUCUAAAAGUGUUCAUUGUUUAUUUAAUGCAAUUGGUGGAAAAUUAAAAUUACAUAAACAAGAAUUAAUAAUGGCAAAAUACACGUCACCAAUAUGCUGAGUUAUAGAAUUCCCUCGUCUAACCUCUGAAAAAGAUUAUAUUUAUUAACAAUGAUAAAGGCUAUUUUGGUUUUUAAUAAUCAUGGAAAGCCCCGUCUUUCAAAAUUUUAUCAAUAUUUUAAUGAGGAUAUGCAGCAACAAAUUAUAAAGGAAACAUUCCAAUUAGUUUCGAAGAGGGAUGACAAUGUGUGCAAUUUCCUAGAAGGCGGUAGCCUAAUCGGUGGAUCGGAUUAUAAAUUAAUUUAUCGACACUAUGCAACUUUAUAUUUUGUUUUUUGUGUCGACAGUUCUGAGUCAGAGCUUGGAAUUUUAGAUUUGAUUCAGGUUUUCGUCGAAACGUUGGAUAAAUGUUUUGAAAAUGUCUGCGAACUUGAUCUUAUUUUUCAUGUAGAUAAAGUUCACUAUAUACUCAAUGAAUUAGUGAUGGGCGGUAUGGUUCUUGAAACAAACAUGACAGAAAUCCUCACGAGGAUAGACGAGCAAUCGAAAUUAGAAAAACAAGAGGCGGGAAUAACUGCAGCUCCAGCAAGAGCAGUGUCAGCAAUGAAAAAUAUGAAUAUCCAUCAGCAAAUAAAGGACAUGAAAUUACCGGAUUUACCACAAGCGAUCAAAGAUCUAAAAUUCUGACAAGCCGUCACGUCCCUAGCUCCGAGUUGACUGGGUUCUAAUAAUUUUAAAUACAAUAAUGAAAUCGUAUUAAAUUCCUUCAUGAGGAGAACAAGAAAGUAUAUCCAAAACUGCGAAUUUUUCCUGCAAACUCCUCACCGAGUUUCAAAAAUUGAAUCACGAUAUUGCUAUUGAAAAUUAAUAUAUUUAUACCACACGGCGAAUCAGUAAUUUAGAAAAUACAGUUCUUUAUGAAAAUGUUUUUCUAAACAAAAAAAAAAAACAAUUUUUCUCCAAGUUUGUCAGCUUAAGGGAAGAAAUGGAAGAAAUUUAGAAAUAGAAGAAAUUGAUGAGAAUUCAAUGAGUUUGCAUUGAGAUUCGAUCUGCUGAGCGUGUCCAUUUUUUACCAGUAUAUUGUGCGAAAGUGUUCCUUGUGAAUAUAUAAAUAUUAAAUAUCAUUCCUUUCAUUAGAGAUUCCUUCUUGUGCACUAUAUUUCUGCUACACAGAUUACUUUAUUCUAAUGUCUAUACUUAGCUGGUGCAAUUACAAAUCAGAUUUAUUUCUCUAUUAAA